AUGUGGUCCAAGUUGCUGGCACUAGUUCAGAUGGAAUCCAACAGCACUGCAGAUCAACUCUUCUCUAAGAAUAAGAAGGUGCCAUGUGACUGUUGCCAAGAGGAGAAGUGUGAUGCUCUGAAGUCCUGUCUGGACUGUGGGGUCUCUUACUGCAGCACUCACCUGAUGCCUCACACAACUGCAGCGAAACUCAAGAAACACAAACUCAUCAGCCCUGUGGCAAACCUGGAGGACUACAUCUGCCAGAAACACGAGAGACCCCUGGAGCUGUUCUGUAGAGACGACCAGACGUGUGUGUGUCAGUUCUGCACUGAGACAGACCACAAAACGCACACCACUGUUCCUAUAGAGACAGAGAGUGGAGAGAAGAAGGCCCAGCUGGGGAAGACACAGGCAGAGGUUCAAUGGAUGAUCCAGGAUCGAAUAAAAAAGAUUGAAGAAAUAAACAAUUCUGUAGAACUGAAUAAAAAACAAAUAGAGAAGGAGAAAAAAGACAGCAUAGAGGUUUACAAUGCUCUGCUGCAUUGCAUUGAGAGAAGCCAGGCUGAGCUGCUUCAGGUGCUGGAGGAGAAGCAGGAAGCAGCAGAGCGGCAGGCUGAAGAGUUCAUUAAAGAGCUGCAGCAGGAAAUCACUGAGCUAAAGAGGAGAGACACUGAGCUGGAGCAGCUCUCUCACACUGAGGACCACAUCCACCUCCUACUGAUGUACCCGUCCCUGUGUAGCCCUCCACACACCAAGGACUGGACUGACAUCACCAUUAACACUCAUCUGAGUGUGGAGACUCUAAGGAGAGCUCUGUCUCAGCUGCGGGAAUCACUCAAGAAGGAAAUGGAGAAGCUUCCUGAGAUUGAACUGAAGAGAAUUCAACAAUGUGCAGUGGAUCUAACUCUGGAUCCUGAUACAGCUCAACCUGCUCUCAUCCUGUCUGAGGAUGGAAAACAGGUUACAUAUGGAGACAAACGACAGUAUCUAUCAGAAAACCCAAAGAGGUUUGAUGUGCACAUUUAUGUGCUUGGAAAGGAGGGGUUCUCCUCAGGGAGAUUCUACUAUGAGGUCCAGGUUAGAGGCAAAACUGGGUGGGUUUUAGGAGUGGCCAAAGAGUCCAUUAAAAGGAAAGGGGACAUUAAACUGGAGCCUAAGAAUGGAUACUGGACUGUGUGGCGGAGUAAGGAAAAUGAAUACAAGGCCCCAGACUCCUUUGUUGUACCCCUCUCCUUGAAGCAGGCUCCCCAGAAGGUGGGGGUGUUUGUGGAUUAUGAGGAGGGUCUGGUCUCCUUCUAUGAUGUGGAGGCCAGGUCUCAUAUCUACUCUUUCACUGGUCAGUCUUUCACUGAGAAACUCUAUCCAUUAUUCAACCCUUGCAACAAAGAUGGAGGUAAAAACUCAGCACCACUGGUCAUUAUGCCUGUUGAAACUUUUAUGUGAGAUUCUAUUCCCCAAGGAACCCAAUUUGUAUAAGGGUAAAGCAUAUAAAUUAUUACCAAAUAUCUGACACCAGAAUUUCAUUAGUGUUUUACAGUUGUUUUGGUUUUUGGUAUGGUGCAGUUCAGCAUGUGGAAUUGUGUUUAUGUUCUUAAACACAAUAUUAAUUUUGUCACUAAUGUCUUGUUUGUUAGUCCACGCCUCCCUCAGGUGGCGUGUGUUGUCUAUCAGUAGCUACAUAGUUAUGUCAUUAUGUCAUUGUCAUAUGUCAUUAUAUCAUUUGUUAUGUCAUUAUGUUUUGUCCUUGUAAGUGUAAAUAACUAUUGUAAGUCUAAAUAACUAUGUAUCUAUCAUUAUCUUAGCCUCUUAAACUGAAUCUCUCAGUAAGCUAUGUGUCAUUAUAUAACUAAAGUAUUGCAACAAUCUCCCAAUAAUCUCUCAUGACUAAAAGCUCAUUGUGAACAUGGAGUGUCAUUGCAAUGUUUUAAGGAGUUACUAUUGAAAUGGUAGAAAAUCUGUCUUUAGGCCUGAUUCCAGCCAAGAAUAAAUUUUAUGCCCAGUCUUAAGGAAAAUACAGCUUGUGACCUGUUGGUGCAAUAUUCCUAAAGUUACUCCCGCAAAAUUCAAGCCGACUUGGCUUAUGAACAGGCAAAAUGACCAGGACCUGUUGGUGGGACCAGUCAUUGACAAAUAAAAUGAUCAAUUUUAGACAAUGUUGUCAUUGAUGUAUCUAUGACACUGAUCUUAUUGAGAGAUUCAGAGUUAGAAAGAGAGAACUGUUUGAGGUAAUUUUACAUUCACCUGAACUGAGUCACACAUAUGACCGCAAUGUAGCACGGUCACAGGUGCUAUAAGUAUUAACCAACCUUGUACGUCAUGUUAUUGAUCCGGUGGAGGACGUUGUAGGGGCCCAUGUAUUUAGGUAGCAGCAAAUCAUUGGGCCCCAGCUGGCUGUCCUUGGUCCACACCCACACUGUCUCUGGGCUGGUAGAUAGGAGUUUCCUCUUCACCAAUCCACUUUGCGUUUGAAGGUGAUGAUGGCUGCCCUCGGGCAUCGGUGCAUCUCCUCCUAUACCUGUUCACUCUGCUGACACCAUACAGUGGGCAGGUGAGAGGUCAGGGGUUUUCAUGGGUACAGUGAAGGCUGUAAUCCCAGGACACACUCAAAUGAGGUGAGCCCCAUACCUGCAUGGUCGGGAGAGUUUUGUUCAUACUCAACCCAGGGAAGAUAGGAACACCAAGUCUCAGGAUGCUCAUGGCAGUACAAGUGCAGGAACCUCCCCAGCUCCUAAAUAACUCUCUCCACCUGCAUGUUAGCCUGCAGGUGAUAGCCUGAGGUAAGGAAUGCCUGCCAUACCCAGGAGGUAAACUGAACCCCCGGUCUGAUGUGUCUUCCGGGCACGAGGAACUGUGAGAAAACAUGGUGGAAGAGCAAGUCUAUUGUUUCUGAAUAUGGUGAGAAGGGCUGGGAGGGGGAUGAACCAUGCCAUCUUGGAAAAGGGAUUGACAACUAUGAGAAUGACCAUAUUCCCUUUAGAAGCCACCAGGUCUGUAAGGAAAUCAGUAGCCAUGUGGGACCAGGUAUGAUGUGGUGUAGGAAUGGGGAGCAUGUUACCAUGGUGAUGUGCGUAACAUCUUUCUGUGUGCACAUGAAGCAGGUAACUUGCUACUUUCAGUUGGUAUGUGCAUGAGGAGCCCAGAUGCCCUACAUAUAUGGAAGUGUGUGCCCAGGUGAUGAACGCUGCACAACAUUGCCGUGGAAUGGCAACCAAUCUGGAGGGCAGGGAGGGUGAGAGUCACUGCGGUGAUGUCAUGGUCCAGGUCCGAGCCAGUGGCUCCCAUGUAGCAGGAAGGAGAGAGGACUGGCUUAUGGCUGGUGGGGAGUGCCUUUGCGCUGUCCUACCAGAAAAGGGAGCGCUCCACGUCAAGCGGAUUGUUUGUCCUUGGAGCCAGUCUGUCAGGGGCUUAGCCAGGGUGGUAAAGGACAUGAACCACUGAUAAUUGGCAAACCCCAGGAACUGGAUCCCUGGAAGUUCACCUCACAGAGGUGAAACUCGUACUUCUCCAGCUUGCAAUAUAGUUUACUGAACAACAGAGUUCAUUAUGCACAUGUUGGUCAUAGAAGGGUGAAUAGAUCAACGAUAUGUCAACAGAUCUACCUAAAAGAGACUCCACAGGAUGUCAUUAACCAAUGCCUGGAAGAUGGGCAGUGCUAAAGGCCAUUUCCCUCUCAUUACCCUCUUUAAUUCUUAUCAGAUUGUUGGAACUGCACAUAUAUAACUUUAUGAAGAACUGUGUCACCCUCAGAUGCUCAAGGGCAGCAGGAACCACCGGUAGUGGGUAUUGAUUCUUCAUCAAAGUAUGGGUACUUUAUCAGAGUGUGGAUAUUCCAUCAGAGUAUGGAUACUUCAUCAGCAGGGUGCUUAAUUGCUUAAGCACCAGUGAUCUUGCGCAUGGCCUCAGCCUGCUGUUUUUGUUUUUCACAAAGCUGAGGCAGGUGAGGUGGAGGAGUGGAUGUAAC